GCGGACGGCAGUCAAUGUAAAUAUAUUGAUGUCCCUUUCACCAAGAACACUAAAUUAUUAGUACAAGUAAAUAGUUGAAAUUUGAGGAAGCAGCAAUUUCCGCAGACUUGCAGUGGACCAUCACUCUCACUCGUAUAUAACUCCAACAACACUCGCGCAAUCCACAACACAACAACUCAUCCCAUUAAUCACUUUAACUUCUCCUACAUAUGUUAACAAUGGCAGCAGCAUGUACCGAUAAUUCAGGACCUCAUCUUUCCUCUUCUUUUAGCAAAUUCAUUAGAUGCUGCAGAUCAUCCACUCCAUACACCAAAAACGUCAAGAAUUGUUCCAAAAUCUGCCCUCAAGAUGAGAUAUGGUCGCAAAUAAGGCAGGAGGCGGAAUCCGAUAUGAAGCAGGAUCCAUUAUUAUCAGAUCUGUAUCGCUGCGCAAUCCUCUCCCAUUCUUCUCUGGAGGGCGCUCUCUCCAAUUACCUCGCUCUCAAGCUCCGCACCGACUACGUAUCCAGCGACGCCCUCGCCGCCGCUUUCCACAAGGCCUUGUUGGAAGACGCCGAGAUCGGGCGCGCCGUCAGAGAAGAUCUGGCGGCGGUGCGGGAGCGCGAUCCGGCCUGCUUGAGCUACGUUCACUGUUUUCUAAAUUUCAAGGGGUUUCUAGCGUGCCAGGCCUACAGGCUGGCGCACAAGUUCUGGAUCGAUGGCAGAACCGCGGCGGCGCUGCUCAUUCAGAGUAGGGUUUCGGAGGUUUUUGCGGUGGACAUCCAUCCAGGGGCGGAGAUAGGGAGUGGACUGGUGAUUGAUCACGCUACAGGAGUUGUCGUCGGAGAGACGGCGGUGAUCGGAGACGGCGUGACGAUUUUGCAUAAUGUGACGUUGGGAGGGACGGGGAAGGCUGGGGGCGACCGCCAUCCCAAGAUCGGAGAUGGAGUUCUCAUAGGUGCUGGAGCUAAAGUUCUUGGGAAUAUUGUGGUCCGACGAAAUGCCAGGAUCGGCGCCGGAGCCGUCGUUUUGAAGGAAGUUCCCGAAGGUGCGACGGCGGUCGGAAAUCCGGCCAGAAUAGUUGGAUCGAGGUGAAUUCGAGGGCUUAAUUAGGUUUAGGCCGUCGUUCCUGUUUUUUCAUUUUUCCUUUGUAGUUACACAGACUGUAUAGUUAUGUUCUGUUACGGUCAACUUUUGUAUGUAAUUCCUAAACUCGAGAAUUUUGGGUUCCAAAACUCUUUUCUGUCGUGUACCACACGGAUGAAUAAAUCUUAAUUACAACAA